CAAAUAAAUUAAUAAAUAAACAGCAAACUAUAAUAAAUACAACAAUUCAUAGUUUAAAAGUAUCCCUAAUGUGUAUAGGUUAUAAUGAUAUCCAUAAUCAUAAUAUUCGUUUUAACGUGUGCUGUGCAUUGUUUUGUGAAUGGAGCACUACCAGCUAAUGAUACAACAAAAAAGACUUUUGUUUAUAAUACGUAUGAAUAUAACAGUAUAAUCAAUUUAACAGUAAAUGAUGUGACUACUCAAGUUUUAGAUUUUACAGAGGACACAGAUCAAUGGGUGGGAUAUCCUACAAGAGUGCAUGUCCAGACUGAUGAUGACCUAAAUUUGGACUAUCCACUAUUUGUUACUGCUGCUCAGCAAAAAGGUGUUUCGUCAUGGGAGCUUCCUUUGGUCAUGAAAACUCACAUAGCGUAUGAAAUAGGAAGAACAUUGUGCCCACAUGAUGCUGGUCCAAAUACAACAGUACAAAGUCGUCCAACACUUACACUGAGCACAUCAAGUGAGAGAAAUGUAUCAGUGAGCAUAAAACUUAGAAGAGUGACAGAUUUCUACAUAGAAGUUAAUAAGGAAGUAACAUUGAACGUAACUCCUGCUACACCUAAAUAUUAUUACUUCUCUUUUGAUCGCGAUCCAGUCAAUGUAACUCACGUCAAAAAUGACCUUUUUCCACACUUUAACUACACUAUACCUAAGAGCGUACUCCUCAUAAUAGAUUCCGACGAUGAACUUUGCGCCGAGGUUUCAAUACAAAAUAAUUCUUGUCCAGUGUUAGACAAUGAAAAAGAUAUCGGUUUCCAAGGAUAUCACUUUACGAUGACUACGAAAGGUGGUAUUACAGUCACACAAUCGAUGUUUCCAAAGGGGUUCUAUGUGGUGUUCACGGUGAGGGAGACGGACGAGGAAUGCUCCGGGUCUAGAGGAUCAGGGGACAGACUAAAGCAGUUCCGUGUGAACGUAGUAGCUGCAGUAUCGUAUACGGAGUAUCUGACGGGGGUUCUGGCUGCCUUGGCACUGAUGUUGUUGGUCGGAGCUUUGGGGCCAGUCGUCUCAGCGCUCAGCUGUAGAAAGACAGAGGAAGUAACUCUGCUAAUAGAAGACGCGCCGGGACCAUCCACUUCUAGACCCGAAGCUGAGUUUGAUGAGAAUGGAGGUGCUAAAGGCGACAUAAAUUUGUCGUGUAUAGAGUCUGACGAGGAGUCGGAGACGUCUGAGGGCCAGGAGCUGAGCCUGCCGCGGGCGCUGACGCUGGCCGGCCUCAGCCGCGCGAGACCGAAGGCCCACGAUCGACGGACUAACAGGUACUUUUGGAGUGCAUUAACAGUGGCUGUUGUUUACGCGCUGCCCGUGGUCCAACUGCUCUUUACGUAUCAACAGAUGAUAUUCAAGACGGGCGAGCAAGACGUGUGCUACUACAACUUCCUGUGCGCGCUGCCGCUCGGCCCGCUGUCGGACUUCAACCACGUGUUCUCCAACGUCGGCUACGUCAUGCUCGGAGCCUUCUUCAUGCUGCAAGUGCGGGCUAGACCCCGCCCCGAUGACUCGAAGGAGUUGGGUAUACCUCAGCACCGCGGUGUACUCUACUCCAUGGGGCUGGCGCUGAUGAUGGAGGGCGUGUUGUCCGCAUGCUACCACCUCUGCCCCAACCAGAUGAACUUUCAAUUCGACUCAUCGUUCAUGUACGUGACGGCGGUACUGACAAUAAUCAAGCUGUACCAGAGUCGACACCCCGACGUCAACGCCUCCGCGCACGCCACAUUCUUGCUCCUGGCUUUUCUUAUGGCAAUAGGUUUCAUCGGUAUUAUGUACCCGAGCGUGUACUUCUGGGCCGUGUUCACUGUGCUUCACCUGAUCAUCUGCAUAAUAUUCACCCUCAAGAUAUACUAUGUGGGAAGAAUCAAUUUAGAGUGUGCAGUAUUUGGGCGAGCGUUCAGAAACAUACGCGAGCAGGGUGUGACCGCGUUCAAGCCGGCCUACCAUGUGAGGGCCAUAUUACUUGCCAUAGCGAAUGCAGCUAAUUGGGCGCUGGCGAUAUACGGCCUAUACGAGCAUAACAAAGACUUUGCGAAACACCUGCUGGCGAUACUGAUGGGCAACGCUCUACUGUAUACGCUGGCGUACGUGGUGUUGAAACUGGCGUACCGCGAGCGUAUACCUGUGUCGGCGUGGAUAUGGCUCGCCUCGGCGCACGUGACAUGGGCGGUGGCCGGCUAUCUGUUUCUCGCGGCAAAAACUAAGUGGUCGCAAACGCCGGCCCAGUCGCGGACUCACAACGAGGUGUGCUCGGCUCUGCGCGUGUUCGACUCCCACGACCUGUGGCACCUGGCCAGCGCGGUCGCCAUGUUCUGCAGCUUCAACGCGCUGCUCGUGCUGGACGAGCCACUCAACACUGUGCCGAGACGACUCAUACCUGUGUUUUAGCCGUUUAAGACCCUGUAGCCAAGACAUUUUCUUUAGAUAGAACAUAAUGCGACUCAAUGGCUGACAAUGCCGAAGUGUGAUAAUGCUUGCUUGGUACCUGAACUAGUUUAUUGAGAAUGCUUGAUUGUGCGAAGCGCCGCUGUAGUUGAAACAUUCAACGUUUUGGCAUUACUCUAGUGCAGCAAUGGGAAACAUGGUUUCUUGCCUCUGAACAUACAUUGACAGCUAUAAAAUUCUCCUUCUUCUUUAUUUGAUUUCCAGCAAGUGGUAGAAAUGCUCAUUGGAUUAGAAAAUAUAUUGUACAUAUAAGCUGGACGGAAGUCCUAUAUAUAAAUAGACGUGUUUAAUUUAUAUGAUAUGGAUUUCUUAUGUUUUUAUGCAAUAUUUAAUUUAACAAAACUUUAUAUAAGUGUUAAAAAUGACGUUAAAAAUGAACUACAUCAAAUGUAACCGCUAAAAUGUGACCAAAGUUUGACUUUUUGUUAGCUUUUAAAGUCUAGUCUAAAAGAUUAAAAGACUACUAGUCCCACUUUUACUCUUCAGCACUGAGUAGACUAGUAUCAGAAUGAUCUAUGAUUUCAAAUUUUGCUAGGCAUAAUAUAUUGUAAAAUUGCGAAUUAAUGUUAAAUUAAGUUGCCCAAGUUAUGACAAAAUGUUGAGUUCAAAGUUAUAAUGUAUUAAUAAGUUCCUUUUUAAUUGAAAUGAUGUUUUUAAGCUUAUGAUUAUAUUUUAUAAUUUAAAUAAUAUUAUAUUUUUUAUUAAGUAUAAGACAUGACUUUAUUUCCAGUUCUGAGGACACUCCUAUGGUAAUUAAAAUAGGUACUAAUAUUGUGUACUUACUAUAUAAAAAA